AUGGACCCUAGCGACAACAUCGACGACCACGAAGCUAUUGGAGAAACCACGUCUUUAUUGAACGAUGAACGACGACACUCACAUGAUGACGAUUCCAUACAGUUAAUCGCUGCAAAGCACCUGUCAUAUAGAGUACUUCCUCUAGCUGCCAUUUCCGCUUUGGCCAUGGCAGCAACUUCAGCCACGACGAUAUUUGCGUAUGCCAGUCUGCUAUGUGAGGACCCCAAGAAUUGCAAUGACUCCGAAACAAACCGCUACGCCGGCUAUGUUGCAAUUGCGACAUACAUUGCAAAUCUCGGUGGAGCCAUGACACUGGGGUUUUUGUCACGGCUAUCUAGGCGAAAUCGCAAGAUGGGUCUAUUGGUGUGGAUGAUCUGUCGGUCGAUGAGUGUGGUCAUGUUAACCUUUGGCGUCUGGAUCAAGAGCAUCGCCGUCGCCCUUUCUGGCCGCAUUUUCGAAGGAUUGGCCUCGGACAAUCUCCUUCAUUUCAACUUGAAUGCUAUUUACGUACAAAGUGGAGACUCGAAACUCGCGUCGAAACUCAUCGGCACGUCGUUCGCUCUGUACAUGACAGGUAUAUCUGUCAGUCCAUUCAUAGCCGGCUUGUUUGAGGACUUCACAGUCAGCUUCAUACUAGCCCUAAUGCUGUUCGGGGUCACCAUUGGUUAUCUCGCGGUCUUCAUCCGCAGUCCUUCCAGUGAACGAAACGGCAAAGAUACGGAAUCAAGAAUCUUUACUGGCUGUUCUGAAAUACCCAGGAUGUUGUCACCACAGUACUUCCUCUCCGGACGACGUCCGCUGCUGUUUACCGCGAUCUCUCUUGGCUUGUACAACUGUGUACAGUCAUAUGCUUUCCCGGCAAUGAUGGUCACCGCUUCGAUUCGCUUUCAUUUUACCGGAAGAGAGAAUGGGUACCUGCUUUCCCUGUCCCAUAUGAUUGCCACCAUCUAUGUGCUUGGGACUCUCUACGUCGUGCCUUGGGCGGUACGCUAUCUAAGCUUACAAGGGUUAGGGAAAAUGUGUGCGGUGAUUCAACGCGGUCAACGUGAUCCAAUCAUGGCAGUCUUGUCACUACUCAUGCAGAUCUCGUCCAUGCUCACGAUUGCUUUGGCAUCACAUGUUUGGCAAGUCUAUCUCACGGCAGCUCUGGUGGCACUUGGUCUUGCAACGCCGUCGUUCGUUAAGGCCGAUGUCGCCUCCCUUUUCGCUGUUGAGGACCGACCAGCAGCCAUGGCGGCUCUGGCCAUGGCAGAGACAAUGGGGAGCAUCGCAUCACCUGUUCUGCUGGGCAGUAUUCAAACUUUUCUACCGAAACAGACGGUUUUCUUUGUAGCUGCUGGGAUCUUAGGCUUUGCUUUGGCCUUCUUCGGUAUGAGGCUAUUGUUGACUCACUCAAGCUCCAGAUGA